CAAGCUUCAUUUAAUGCUCACUCUCACUUUCACUCUCUUCAUAUUGUGAUUAUCGAAAUUCUUCCAAACGCCAAAAUUUCCCAUUUCCCUUUUCUCGCCUCUCCCGCUUCGCUCUUUCUUCUUUGAUCUCAUCGCCAUUUCUCUUUUUAUUUCUUUCUCAAUCCCCCAACUCUCUCUCUUUUCAUUCAGAUCUCUUCUACAUUCUCCUAUUCUUCUUCUUCACCACUUCUCCAUUUAACCCACAAUCUCUUUCUACCUUCCCCAUUCCUCUCCAAUGGCCUCCUUCACUAUCCCAUGUCCCAAGGCUUCCACUCUUCCCAGUUUCGGCUCCAGUGCUCACAAGAAUCGGCAUUACAACCACAUUAACCCCAAUCUUUCUCUUAAUCGCCUCUUCAAGGAUUCCUUUUUGUUUGGAUCUUCUUUUGUGGACUCCCCACUUUCUGGGGCUGAGUGGCCGAACAAGAAAAAGUCUACUGGUUUGGUUAUGUAUGCAUUUAAAGAGGUGGUGGUUGGAAAAACUUCAAAUUCUGCUCCAGCCAUUGUCUCUACACCUGGGAAUGGUCCAUCUGGAAGAAAAACCGAGUCUGCAGUCACAGUUUCUGAUCAAAGUUCCCUUCCCGACGAGCUGUCAAUUUCUACCUUCAUGAGCCAAGUUUCAGAUCUCGUCAAACUUGUAGAUUCAAGAGACAUAAUGGAACUGCAACUAAAACAACAAGAAUGCGAAAUUUUAAUAAGAAAAAAAGAAGCUAUACAACCAACACCACCUGCACAGGCUCCAAGUCCAUACAUAGUAUUGCCACCACCUCAUGCGCAUACCACGGUUGCACCUCCACCGACCCCAGCACCUGAGCCUAAAGCUACUUCUACUGCUACUGCAACUCCUCCCCCUGCCCCAAAAGCAGGUGGAUCGCAUCCACCUUUGAAAUGCCCCAUGGCCGGAACAUUUUACCGAAGCCCUGCGCCGGGAGAACCUCCAUUUGUGAAGGUUGGCGAUAAAGUGCAGAAAGGCCAAGUGAUAUGUAUAAUUGAAGCCAUGAAGUUAAUGAAUGAGAUUGAGGCUAAUCAAUCUGGAACCAUAGCUGAAAUACUGGUUGAAGAUGGCAAAACAGUCAGCGUAGACACGCCUCUUCUUGUGAUCGUACCUUGAUAAACUAGAAGAGAGGACAACCUUUCGAUCCAUUGCCUUUUUUUUCUUCUUUAUCUUCUCUCUUCUUUUAAUUACUUUAGGUUCAAAUUUGUUAUAGAUUUUACGCACUCAAUGUGUACUUUUAACUAAAUAAAGACGAUCUUUUAUUUAUUGAACAUGAUGACCUCUUUUAUUAUGAUUAA